GUAAAAAUAAAAAAGUGACAAACAGUUGUAGAACGCGUUGGUAAUAACAGCGCGCAUUUUGUUUAAAGUUAAAACCAAUUAUUUGUGAAUAAGUUAGAUUUUAUUAAUUGGUAAAAUGUAUAAUCAACUGCUGCUAUCGCUGGCGGUGAGCGCGGUUCCAAUCCUUGCUUUUGCAUUUGUGGGAUUUUUACUGCUGCACAAACUAUACGUGAAAAUUCGCUCCAAUUUCGAUGUUAACGUAAAUUGCUGGUUUUGCAAUCAAAAUACGCGCGUACCCUACCUGGAGUCGAACAGCUGGACGUGCCCUCACUGUGAACAAUACAAUGGAUUCACCAAAGAUGGCGAUUACAACCGUGAAAUAUUUUCACAACUUGAUUGCAGCAAUUCAUCUGCAGGUAUAGCGAGGCUCGAUCAAUCAACUGAACAUGAUUCCUCAGAAUCAGCGCUGUGCGCUCCCAAGAAUGGGUUUUGUAACGAGUGCAAUGAAGCACAAAGGUUGAAAGUGGAGAAGCUGGCACAAUUUGAACCCACUAAGGAAUCACGUUUCGAUGAAGAACUAAAAGCUUUUAAAGUGAAAUUGGAGCAACAAUAUCGUUUAUGCAGCACAUGUGAACGUCAUUUAGGCAAAGUACUGCAUCAGAAGAAGAAAAUGGUUCUUGGAUCCAAAUUUCUUGAUUUCAUUAUAAAAGGUGCUGAAACAUUGAAACAACCACAUUUCAGCCAAGUCCGACAUGUGCAGCGGCAGCACUGGAAACGCCGUCUAUCGCUUCACAUAACUCUACUGACAAUAGUGAAUUUGUUUUGUUUGUGCUGCAUGUUGCCGACAUUGACGCGUGAGCAUCUCACAUCAAUAUUGGGUGAGCGAGUCGGUGAGCAGCUGUUUAUAGUCAUUUCACACGUGUUGGCAUUGUGUCGUGUGUUGACCGCAUACCUGACACAAAUUGGCGCGCAUCCAUUGUUUGAGAAGUGCAAACUGUUCUCGCGUACAAUUUUCAUGAUGCUUAUGUAUUCGCUUGGUUUGAAAAUGCCCCAAAUCACACGCAUUAACUUUUUUUCGCUUUACGUGCUGGCAUAUCCGUUCGCGUUACUGGGCAUAUCUUUCGGCUAUAAAAUUUUUGAUGGUUUCAAACUGACACGUUUCACCUUUUUGUUGGCCUUAUGGAGCGGUUUCGCCGGCGGUCUAAUGGAGGAGCAGCUACACUUUUCGCCCAACACUUUAAUGCUCAUCGCUUCAGCGCUAACCCUUUUCCUUUCGUUGACAAAUGAUGUUGAACUUUCGCCGAAACUUCAUGAUACUAGUACCACCAGCUUCCAUAAAAUCUAUUCCGAGGACUACCUGAGCGAUGAGGACACAAUUAGCAUGCUAAGCCAACAGUUCAAUUGCAGUAACGCAAGCACCGUUCGGUCGCCUUCAAUGCGUGUACGAUCAUCGCCACAGCAAAAGACUCAGCUUUGUAAAUCGCCAGUUACCUCGUCAACUCUUUCUUUGCACAACACGACAAGCACACAAUUUUCUCCCAACUCCACAUACAAAACCUCGUACUUUGAUCUGCCACAAAAUUCACACUCAAUUCGGUCUCAUUAUGCCGCUUCGUCCAUUGGCGACUUUAACUCUGCGCUCUCAUCCGCCACCUUGACCCCACGCUCGCCAUUUUUUGGUUCACACCUGGACAUAAACAACCAUGAACGUGUACGCUCGCCAAUGUUUGGUCAAAGUGGAAACUGCACCAACGCCUCAGUAUUAAAUGCAUCUUUCAGCGGUGAAUCCAAUGCACAUUUGUCAGCACAGAAGAACGGUUUUUACGGUCAAUAUCGCAUCGGCGGACCAAUGAGCCAGCGAAACUUCGCAGGAAAUUCCGGUGCAUUACACUCCCCAUUUUCAUUGUCCAGCAACACGGUGUAUCAGCGUCCAGCUUCGACCAAUUUACUCACGCCAUCUCGCUUCAGCACCACUUGUCUGGCACAAACGACUGACACGCCCUGGUUGUCAACCGGUUCGUUGAACCAACUUAACAAACAUUUUCCCGAACCACGUCAAACGAUGACCACUAUUGGCGAGAAUUUAUCGCGCGCUUCAUCGCAGUCCUCGGGGUUUGAGUCACAAAACGACCGCUUGAAUGUCUCCCGUGAAAACUCGUUCACCAAUGAAGGCAACGACAUUGCGGCGCAUCCUCCUACAGUUGCAGAAGUCCCACGUGGUUUCCAGCCAAUUGACACUGGCAGCCGUUCGGCUUUCUCACCACGCCCGUCGCUUUUGUCCAACCCUCAAUUAGCAGCUCCGUUGACAGCAAGUUGUGGCUUGGCAUCACCUGCCGCCAGCCAAGCGCCAUCGGAAUUAUGGGGUGCACCCGCUCAAAGAAACGGACUCGGUGGUCUGGAUAUUUUCAAUUUGCGCAAAAUAAAUGAUGAACUGCCACUGCCCACUCACAAAUAUAAACGCGGUGAUCUGCUCAAAAAGUGGAAGGAGAGCCAAAUGAUUUCCUAACCGCUAGACAAUCAGCUGAUUUCAUACACAUGACUGUUUUUACCACCUUAUACUGAAUAAUUUUCAUUUAAUUUAUGAUAACUAAGAAAUUUUUAGUUUAGUUAAAUUUAUACAUAUACAUACAGUUAAGUUUGCGCAGAGCCAAAAGCGAAGUGUAAUUUAUUGUUUAGUUAACAAGAUAAUCGUAAUUUUUUACUGUUGCAAAUAGCACAAUUGUUUUACAGCAACGUUGUACAUACAUAUAUAUUAUUAUAUUUUUACUGUUUAAACAAAAGACGCUACAAGAACGCAAUGAUUGAAAAACACACAAAGUUGCGUUAAAAUAAUUUUGAGUUGCUGACAUAAUACUGACUACAUUAAUGGUUGCAUUAGUGGUUUCGGAUUGUAAUUUUAUUUUUGAAGUUCUAGUUGUAAUUGUAAACUAAGCACUGCCAUGUAAACUGAUUUAUAAAUUGUUUCUACAAGUUGUUGACAUGUUCAAACAAAUGUCUUAAGGAAUAAAGGCUAUCUUCAGAUUUUCAUAAAAUAA